ACGGAUCGAUUCGUUGCUGUAAUGAAUGGGAUUGAAGAGAAGGUCAUUCCUGGCAAUGCUGCGGCCGUAGAUUCGAAGUUACCGUUUCAAGGACUCAACAAAUUUGGGCAAGCAUUUUUAACUAGGUUUCAGGUUUCACAACUUCCAAGUCCUAUCCUUGAGAAUAUGUCGAUAAUUGAUAGUCCUGGCAUUUUAGCUGGCGACAAGCAGCGCCUUGAUCGCGGUUAUGAUUUUACUUCCGUGAUAGAAUGGUUCGCUGAAAGAGCGGAUUUGAUCUUAUUAUUUUUUGACUCUCAUAAAUUAGAUAUUUCCUUGUGGAAUUUUAGCCAUCAAUUUUGGUAA